AUGACCCCAACUCGCACUCGAGACAUUCAAGAUUUCUUGCUUGAUGCUGAGAACAUCAGACUUCACGUAUAUCGAGGUUGGGUGAAUGCCUGGCUCUCCUAUGACAAAAACCUUGUUGAGCGAAACGAGGUUCCCCUUCCUCUCGCCAAGCUGGCUCAAUUGUUUGAAGAAGAAAAUGUAGCGAAACUUCUCGACUACAAGACUCUGAGACUGGCUGUAUUCUCUUUCAAGAAAUGCCUCGAGGAGGGAGAGAUUCUUUUUGGUGGGACGAAGCCCCCUUCGUGCGAAGAGACGAACCUUGCCUCUGCGAAAUAUAACCCCAGAUCAGCCUGUACCUGUUUGGGACUGUUUCCUAUCCCUGCCGGGACCGACCUAGAAAGUUUCGCAAAGAGUACUUCCUGUGGUGCAAUCCAGAAAACACUCGAAGUUUUACGUAUUGUGCAGGAGAAGACAAGCGAAUGGAACAACGAAUCAUUCUAUACAAGCAAUAGUCUCGAAGAAGCCGUCGCUGAGCUACUUUUUGCCAACGCAGAAGUUGACGAGAUUGCUGCACCUCAAACUUGCCGUGGUCCAGAGGGCAUUCCGAUAGUCCAAGCACCAGACCGGCGACCACAUCUGGUGCAUGACACACAAUCAUCCAUAAGACAGCAGUUGUACCCCAAGUCGGAGCAAGUGAAGAUGUGUGUUGAUGCAAAGCAAUAUCUAGUAAUUGCGUCAAACGCAAGUGCAUCUGACGAUGGCCUGAUAGCUGCAAUUGCAGAUGCUGGCAAUGAUAUCCUCAUUGGUGACUACUGUGAGGUUGCAGAUGACAAGACUUUGUUCUUACUGCAGCAGACCGGUGCUGCAGCUGUAGCCUUCAUAAAGCUUUCUCAUUUGUCCGGCGUGCUCUCAGACUGGCACUUUGACAAUCUCAUGUCUUCCACCCUGCAUUUCAGAGUGAUGGGAUACUAUCGAAAUCAUGCAGAAGUUCCGGGUGGCAUCUAUGGAAGCCGAAUGACGGGCAUCUUAGCACAUCGCUACAUCGACCUCAGCCUUUUCCAUGCGGUUGUGACUGCUUCUCUUGCUACCGGGCAGGAACUAGACAGUGGUGUCUAUUUUUGUCUGAACGAGGCUUGUACUCUCAUUAAUGAUCUGGUCGAUUUCCGCAGUGACACAGCCCGCAAACAGCGAGAAAACGUUGUUCUCCGCGGGGUACGAGGAAAUCUCUGUGCAUACCUUGACGGUUUGAUUGGGAGCUGCAUUGAUCUGGUCACGGACUCAGUUACUGCUUCGCCAGUAAGUGCAAGAGUUGCUAUGGCUUUUUGCAACUGGGCGGUUCUUGGGUCCCAUCACAAAGUUUAUGAGUUGGUUAAAGAGACAACCGCGCGCGACCAGCAGCAUGAAGCCUGUGAGUAUCAAUCGGUAGGGAACUCAUCGAAGUACGCCGCGCUUCUUGCAGCUCUGGAGCCAUACGGAACAUUAGGUCGAUCGGGACCAUCUGUCAGCAAACCGCGGGUACAUAUGGACAUUAUGUACAAUGCCUGUGCUUCUUCUGAGAAGCUCCAUCUUGCCUGGUUGGCGGAUAUGACUCGAAGCUUGAUGGAGCCAAACGUGAUGAGGAGAAUUGUGGAUGUGGUUCAUUUUGACUGGAGUGGGGAUAUAGGAGACAUCAACUACUGCCCUUGA